GACGUGUUUCUCCCGGCUCGGCCACUUCAUUGCCAGUCACCCGGUCUUCUUCGCCUCGGCGCCGGUGCUCAUCUCCAUCCUGCUCGGCGCCAGCUUCAGCCGCUACCAGGUCGAGGAGAGCGUGGAGCACCUGCUGGCGCCCCAGCACAGCCUGGCCAAGAUUGAGCGCAACCUCGUCAACAGCCUCUUCCCGGUCAACCGCUCCAAGCACCGGCUCUACUCGGACCUGCAGACCCCCGGGCGCUACGGCCGGGUCAUCGUCACCUCCUUCCAGAAAGCCAACAUGCUGGACCAGCAUCACACAGACCUGAUCUUAAAGUUGCAUGCUGCUGUGACCAAGAUCCAGGUUCCAAGGCCUGGUUUUAAUUACACGUUUGCCCACAUAUGUAUCCUGAAUAAUGAUAAGACUUGCAUCGUGGAUGACAUAGUGCACGUCCUGGAAGAGCUAAAGAAUGCUCGGGCCACCAAUCGGACCAAUUUUGCUAUCACGUACCCGAUCACGCACUUAAAGGAUGGGAGGGCCGUGUACAAUGGGCACCAGCUUGGGGGCGUCACUGUGCACAGCAAAGACCGGGUGAAAUCUGCAGAAGCCAUCCAGCUCACCUACUACCUGCAGUCAAUCAACAGUCUCAAUGACAUGGUGGCCGAGAGGUGGGAAUCUAGCUUCUGUGACACUGUCAGACUGUUCCAGAAGUCUAACAGCAAAGUCAAAAUGUACCCUUACACAUCCUCGUCACUGAGGGAAGAUUUCCAGAAGACCAGUCGCGUGUCAGAACGUUAUCUGGUCACCAGCCUGAUCCUGGUGGUCACCAUGGCCAUCCUCUGCUGCUCUAUGCAGGACUGUGUCCGCAGCAAACCCUGGCUAGGCCUGCUUGGGUUGGUGACCAUAAGCCUGGCCACUCUCACUGCAGCCGGGAUCAUCAAUCUUACUGGUGGGAAAUACAAUUCCACCUUCCUGGGAGUCCCUUUCGUCAUGCUAGGUCAUGGAUUAUACGGGACUUUUGAAAUGUUAUCCUCCUGGAGGAAAACUAGAGAAGACCAACAUGUUAAAGAGAGAACUGCAGCAGUCUAUGAAGACUCCAUGCUCUCCUUUUCUCUCACCACUGCCAUGUACCUGGUCACCUUUGGCAUAGGGGCCAGCCCGUUCACGAACAUUGAGGCAGCCAGGAUUUUCUGCUGCAAUUCCUGUAUUGCAAUCUUCUUCAACUACCUCUAUGUACUCUCGUUUUAUGGUUCCAGCCUGGUGUUCACUGGCUACAUAGAAAACAAUUACCAGCAUAGUAUCUUCUGUAGAAAAGUCCCAAAGCCUGAGGCAUUGCAGGAGAAGCCGGCAUGGUACAGGUUUCUUCUGACAGCCAGAUUCAGUGAGGACACAACUGAAGGCGAGGAAGCGAACACUUACGAGAGUCACCUAUUGGUAUGUUUCCUCAAACGCUAUUACUGUGACUGGAUAACCAACACCUAUGUCAAGCCUUUUGUAGUUCUCUUUUACCUUAUUUAUAUUUCCUUUGCCUUAAUGGGCUAUCUGCAGGUCAGUGAAGGGUCAGACCUUAGUAACAUCGUAGCAACUGCGACGCAAACCAUUGAGUACACUACUGCCCAGCAAAAGUACUUUAGCAACUACAGUCCUGUGAUUGGUUUUUACAUAUAUGAGUCCAUAGAAUACUGGAACACUAGUGUCCAAGAAGAUGUUCUAGAAUAUACCAAGGGGUUUGUGCGAAUAUCCUGGUUUGAGAGCUAUUUAAAUUACCUUCGGAAACUCAAUGUAUCCACUGGCUUGCCUAAGAAAAACUUCACAGACAUGUUAAGAAAUUCCUUCCUGAAAGCUCCCCAAUUUUCACAUUUUCAAGAGGACAUCAUCUUCUCUAAAAAGUACAAUGAUGAGGUCGAUGUAGUGGCCUCCAGAAUGUUUUUGGUGGCCAAGACCAUGGAAACGAACAGAGAAGAACUCUAUGAUCUCUUGGAGACCCUGAGGAGACUUUCUGUCACCUCCAAGGUGAAGUUCAUUGUCUUCAAUCCAUCCUUUGUGUACAUGGAUCGAUAUGCCUCCUCUCUGGGAGCCCCCCUGCACAACUCCUACAUCAGUGCUUUGUUCCUGCUCUUCUUCUCGGCAUUCCUGGUGGCGGAUUCUCUGAUUAAUGUCUGGAUCACUCUAACGGUUGUCUCCGUGGAGUUUGGAGUGAUAGGUUUCAUGACAUUGUGGAAAGUAGAACUGGACUGCAUUUCUGUGCUAUGCUUAAUUUAUGGAAUUAACUAUACAAUUGACAAUUGUGCUCCCCUGUUAUCCACAUUUGUUCUGGGCAAGGAUUUCACAAGAACUAAAUGGGUAAAAAAUGCCCUGGAAGUGCAUGGGGUAGCUAUUUUACAGAGUUACCUCUGCUAUAUUGUUGGUCUAUUUCCUCUCGCAGCUGUGCCUUCAAAUCUGACCUGUACACUGUUCAGGUGCUUGUUUUUAAUAGCAUUUGUCACCUUCUUUCACUGCUUUGCCAUUUUACCUGUGAUACUGACUUUCCUGCCGCCCUCUAAGAAAAAAAGGAAAGAGAAAAAAAAUCCUGAAAACCGGGAGGAAAUUGAGUGUGUAGAAAUGGUGGAUAUAGAUAGUACCCGAGUGGUUGACCAAAUUACAACAGUGUGAUAGUGUCUGCUUGGUAUAUUUUCACCCUAGGUCUUAUCAAGAGCAAAGAGAUUAUGUUAAUGAAACAAUUAAAUUCAAAGUUAUUCCAUAUUUUUAAGGAUAAGAAACAGGCAUUGCAAAAAAUGUAAAAGACAAGGGGGGGGGGAAUGGGCAUGGCAUAUUUCCCAUCUUUAAAACAAAAGGGUUGUUAUGAGAAAGAAUACAAACACACACACAACACAUCCUAGGAGACUUAUAGCCUCUUCAACUAAGAUCAAAUAGAAGAAAGCUUAUUAACAAGCAGGAUCCUAUUUUAUCUAUACUGCAGAUGUUACUGGUAUUGUGACAAAACCUACUGAUUGAAAGGUCAACUGCCAAAGCAGAAAUAGCUUUAAGCAUUUUUCAAACAAUAAGGCUUUCAGAACUUCUGCAGAGCGGUAGCUCCAGUCAGGGUCUGUGGUUUGAUGCCUUAACCGUCUCACCUAGCUCACCAACACCCAAGGAUAUACUUGUGAAAGUUCUGACCAUCAAAAGCAAGCCAGAGCAUCAGAAGCAGAUGUGGUAGAGUGGCCAUCACCCAUGGACUGAAAUUGAGUCACCCCUAAAUUCACCUGGGUGAGGCAGUUUUGUUGUCUGGAGUGAAUUUAUCAUAUUCCCCCAUUGAUAUACUUUUAACAUUUGUAAAGUUUGGUUAAUGUACCUGGAAGCCAAUGACAGCUCCAGCAUUGCAGAAUUGAAAUGAUUCUAUUUUGGAAUAUCUUGUCACUUGUCACUGAAUGGAUUUGCUUUAUUAGUUACAGCUCUUGGCAAGAGGCUCUGAGAACCCAAAACCACAGAGCCAAACCCAAAUACCUGGCAUGAUGAAGGAAAAGCAGGUGUCUACUUGAACCCAAAGACAGUGUCCCCAUUUUAACAAAAAUAUAGCCAGCUGGUACAGCUGUUUGUGGUUUGGCUCUACAUGCAUUUUUUGCAUGGAUGCUCAGAAACAACAUCUGCCCGCACGUAGCUGAGGAAGGAAAACUGAACACUGAAAUGGUUAUUUGCCAUAGCUUCCAACUUGUAAUGCCACUCUGCCUUUGCUAUGACACGUGCCUGCUUAGAGACAUAGAGGAGGUUAAAAAAAAAAUCUUUGGUAAGACUAAGUCCUGACACUGAGAAACUUUGUAGAAGUGCAGGCAGAUAAAGGAAUGAAAGACAGAUGGAAAUGACUGAAUAAAGUAAUCCCAAAUCUAUCAAUAAUGGCAAACUUUCCUGCUAACCUGGCUGCACCUCACCUUCUUCGUCCCCCCACACACCUUUUUUGGUGCCCCUCUACUUCAUCGCAAGGCCCUUCUGUACAUUAACAAGCCUAGAUGUUUAUACUGUUGACUUGCAGUAUCUACUGGGGAAUGGUUCAUAGAUCUAAACAGAAAUGGUUUGAUCUGAAGAGGCUGUGUACACUGCCCCAGACUCCUGCAUUUCUUUAAAUCUGUAAAAAUGAAGCUAAAACCUGGUUAUGUUUGAGGCAGAUGUCUACAAUAUUUUCCCUUUUAGAGAUGUAGCUUAUUUAGACAUCUAUAGUGGUAAGCAUUUCCCCAAAGCCUCUUAUCUUUCUGGACUUUAGCAGGCAUACUGUGUAACUUUCCCAUCCUCCACAGAGGAGAAAACUAAGACCUUUGAAAAUAAAGCGACUCAACCAGGUCAUACCACUAGAGGAUUUCCAUCAUUUAGCAUGCCUAAGACAGGGCAGGCCAUCUUUAGGUUUUCUCACAUGAUGGCUAUUACUCCCCUCAAAAUACAUUUAUAAGAAAGAAACAUAGGACUUUAUUGGCCACGGGGAAGGAGUUUUUUUAAUGUCUGAGAUUAAAAUGUUGGGAUUUAGGUUUGUCACCGUGUUUCCAAACAGCAAAAAAGCCCAAAUGAUUCAGACGUAACCACACCAAGUGCAAACCUGUGCUUUCUAUUUCAUGUACUGUUCUCCACACAGUUCUAAAUAUAUAUGCAGGGCAUUGUAGCUAGUGCAUUACACACUUGUUCAGGCUUCCCUGCAGACACACUAAGCGAACAUACCAAUGUAUUAUGCACUCAGCCAGAAGAUAAUGAGCUUUAAUCUGAGGACAAGUACAGUCCUCACAAAAGGGCAAGUUUGCAUAAUAGAUCUUCAAUCAAUUCUCUCUUCACGGGGCCUGCAACUAGGCUAUUAUUUAUAAAACACAACUGAAGAGGGGAUUGGUUUUAUUCUUAAAUCAUAUGUUGCUAAAUCAUUUUCUGAACAGUGUGUUCUAAAUCAGCCAUUGAUUUAGUGUCAGCCACGUGGAGCACCUUGGCUUAAACUGACUCCACAAAACAGACACAAUAUGCACACCAAUUAAAUGCAUUUUGUUGAGAAUAUAAUCAUUCAAGUUGGUCAACCAGAGUGACUUACUAUGGAACUUUGUUUUAUGAAAGAUAGUUUUCCAACUUGACUGAGUUUCUGUAUACCUUAGGACAUUGUAUUUUUAAAUGAAGGGCAUUUUCAAACUUGUUGACUUCUCUUUUCAGUGCUUGAAAUCAAGGCUUAUGGAAUUCUGACUGUGAAAUGAAUUUUUUUUAUUGGAGGACUAUGCAUGCCAAGAUUUAUUACUUAUUGUUAUAUAAUUAUUAUUUAUUUGUCAAUAUUGAUUAUUGAUUAUUAUUCUGACAGCAUUGGUUUAGACCCACCAUGGAGAAGCCACUUUAGAAGUAACUCUGAAUCACAUCCCCAUAAAACUUAAGUAUUUACUUCAUCAAGUUUUACAUUGUGAAUUGCUAUAAAGAGGGAAGGAAUGAUCCCAGCAAACACUUGAAGAAGUAGUGGGUUUUUUUCUUUCAAUUAAUUCCAACCAAGACGUUAACAUUCACGUUACCAAAGAAACUUAUUUGGUUGGUUUUGAGUUGGUGUUUGUUGUUUGUUUACCAAAGAAAAUAUUACAUUGGUCAAAAAUAUUUCUCCUGGUCAACUAAAAAACUGUGAUACUUGGGCUUUCUUGGCCAUUCAUAAGGAAAAUAAGAAAAGUCAGGAUAAGGAAAAUAUUCUCUCAUUUAGUGAAACAGCAGAAAAUGUAGAUUUACAAGGAACUGGGAGUUUGCAAGAAGGAAAAUAGGAUUUGAAAUAGGGCCUUAUUGUAUAGUCCUAGAGCAAUGUCCCAACAAGUAGCAACAGUGCUCCUCAGGAUAAAAGAAGUACGGUUUGUUCCUGAGGUAAAAUAAGACAAACCCUCAUGAAAAUUCCUCUCCAUGGUUCCAAUUCAUAUUUUGGUCGUGGUUUUUGGUUUCUGUUGUAUUUGUUUUGCUUUGGUUUGGUUUGUGUUUUAUGUUUGUGUUUGUGUUUGCUCAUUUUGCUUCUCCUUUUCCUUCCACUUUUAUUCCCUCAGUUUUCAGUCUGAAGUGGGAAAAUAUGCCAUCCUCUAUGGCCACAGUUAUUUGUGCUCUAAACAAGGCACUUGAUAACCUUUUUAACUAACCAACACCCAAUUUUAAGUGCUAUUCUGGGACCAUGCCACCACUUUUCUCCAGCGCCAGCAACAGAACUUGGCUGUGUUCAUCACAAGAACAGGUGAGAUGGGCAGCUGCCUCGGGGGUGUGGCAUUAGGUAGAGCCUCUUGGACUCAAAUGGUAUCUUCCUCAUAAUGGAUUUAUUCCUUUGGAUCCUAUUAAAGUACCCCUGCAGCUUGUAGUAGU